AUGGCGCGAGCGCUGCGGGCGCUGCGGGGCGCGGCGGGGCCGGAGCGGGGCCCGGGCCUGGGGCCGGAGCGGGGCCCGCGGGUGCGGUUCGGGCCCAGCCCCACAGGUUUUCUGCAUUUGGGUGGCCUUCGGACUGCUUUGUACAAUUAUAUUUUUGCCAGAAAACACCAAGGGACCUUUAUUUUGAGAGUAGAGGACACAGAUCAAAACCGAGUGGUGCCUGGAGCUGCAGAAGGAAUAGAAGAUAUGCUGGAUUGGGCAGGUAUUCCCCCUGAUGAGAGUCCUCGCCGCGGUGGUUCCUUUGGACCCUACCAGCAGUCACACAGACUCGACCUUUACAGGAGAGCCAGCGACGUGCUUUUGGAGAGAGGCGCGGCGUACCGCUGCUUUUGUACCCCUCAGCGCCUGGAGCUGCUGAAGAAGGAGGCUUUGCGGAGCCAGCAGACCCCGCGAUAUGACAACCGGUGUCGGCACCUGACGCCCGCAGAAGUGGCUGAGAAGCUGUCACAGGGCCUUGACUGGGUAGUCCGCUUCAGGCUGGAGAAGGGAGUGGAACCCUUUCAGGACCUGGUCUAUGGCUGGAACAAGCACGAAGUGGCUGACGUGGAAGGCGACCCGGUGAUUCUCAAGGGGGACGGCUUCCCCACUUACCACCUGGCAAAUGUGGUGGAUGACCAUUACAUGGGCAUCAGCCACGUUCUGCGCGGAACUGAGUGGCUGACUUCAACGUCCAAGCACCUCCUUCUCUACAAAGCCUUUGGCUGGGAUCCCCCUCAGUUUGGUCACCUCCCGCUGCUUCUGAACAAAGACGGUGGCAAGCUGUCGAAAAGGCAGGGGGACAUCUUUCUGGAGUGCUUUGCUCGGGACGGCUACUUGCCCGAGGCCCUGCUGGACAUCAUAACUAACUGUGGCUCUGGAUUCGCAGAGAAACAGAUGGGGAGGACUCUGGAGGAGCUGAUCUCGCAGUUUGAAAUAGGCAGAAUUACAACCCAUUCUGCCCUCCUGGAUCUUGAAAAACUCCCAGAAUUCAACAGGAUUCACCUCACCCGUCAUAUUGAGAAUGAAGGGCUGCGACAGAAGCUAAUUAGAGAGUUGCAGUUGCUGGUGGAGCACGUCUAUGGGGAUCAACAAGUGGAUCAAGAGGUUCUAGAAAAGGAAUAUGUGGAGCGAGUCCUCCUGCUCAGAAAAGGUCACAUAAGGCUCCUGAAGAAUCUGGUGUCGUGUGAUUAUUCUUACCUGUGGGUUAGGCCCUCAGUGUCCCGAGAGCAGCUACAAACUAUUUCUGCAGAAGCAGAUGAAAUAGGAAAACUAGUCUUAGGGCUCGUGACAAGGCAGGCAGCCGUUUUGACUGUGGAGGAGUUGAACAAAGACCUGAGAAGCCUCCAGAAGCAAAUCAAAGAGACUAAGUAUAGCAGCAUGAUGCAGCUCCUUCGCUUGGCUCUCAGUGGGCAGCAGCAUGGACCGAGCGUUGCUGAGAUGAUGGUGACUCUGGGACCCAAAGAAGUGUGUGGACGAAUACACAAAGCACUAUCUAGCUAAAACGAGACAGAAAUGACACUGACAGCCAGCCCAUGGACUCAGACGGUGUAGGCAGCACGUGUUGUUGUCCUAGACCUGUAUUUUUUGAUCUCAGCAUGAUUAUCUUUGAUCAGAUGAGCUGGGCUUUAGACCUGGCAGGUGUCACCAUGAUGUUUCCAGGUCUGUAUGUAUCUGCACUAAGCAUAAGCCGCUUUUUCCGGGAGAAGAACCAAAUACAGAUUUAGGUCCAUCCUUCUGCUUUCAUCUCGUGCAAAUGGCCUGGUUUCCAGGUUGGGAGAAAGAGACGUUUAUCAGCGUUUAAAUUCAGGCCACGUAGACAGAAAGUAAUGCUGUUUCUGAUACCAGCAUGGUUCGUCUCAAGCGAUGGGUCUCUUUUUGGAGAGGGCCUUGCAAUCAGGGUGCCUAUAGCUACGACUACACAGGUCCCCAACAAAUACCGUGGGGAGGGUAUUUUUAUAUAUAUAAAUAUGUAUAUAUUAUAUAAUAUGUAUAUUGUAGCUGCUGCCCUCUUAGCUGCCUCGGUGUCCUGCCGGGCUGAGCUGCUCGGAGAGGGGGACUCUCCUCCCUGUGUACUGUGUCACGCGCGUGGUUCUGCUAAAAAUAUCCCUGACCAGGAGAUUGGGAUGUUUUUUUCCUCUUUUGGAUGAUGACCUUUUAAUUAUUAAAUUAACGCGGUGACUUUUGA